AUGUCUUCUAAAAGUGAAAAAGAUCGAGCCAAACAGAUCCAGGACAGAUGUCAGAACAUACUGAUGCAAAUGCUGAAGGAUGAAGACAAUAAAUAUUGUGUUGACUGCGAUGCUAAAGGACCUCGUUGGGCGUCAUGGAACUUGGGCAUAUUCCUGUGCAUCAGGUGCGCCGGCAUCCACCGCAACCUCGGCGUGCACAUCUCCAAGGUGAAGAGCGUCAACCUCGACUCAUGGACACCUGAACAAGUUGUAUCUCUCCAACAAAUGGGCAACUCCCGAGCGCGCGCAGUGUACGAGGCGAACCUGCCCGAUUCCUUCCGAAGGCCACAGAACGACUCCUCGCUAGAAGCCUUUAUCAGAGCCAAGUAUGAACAGAAGAAAUACAUCGCCAAGGAGUGGGUGCCACCUGCGCUGCCUAAGGUUAACUGGGACAAAGAGAUUGAUGAAGAAAUAGAGAGGCAAAAACGAAAAAAGAAAUCCACCACCUCGGGCUUAGGGCCUCUGCCUGCACCCUCUACUAGUGAUAAGAAAUAUAAUAAGUCUGACGUCAUUCCCAGCAUCCCGAAACCAAAAUCGUCAGUAAGUCCAAAACUGGGCCGAUCUACACCACCUACUGCCCAAUCAGACGCGAGCAAAGCUUCCAAUGGGGCUGCGGAUCUUCUAGGACUGGACACUGGCUCCAAACCUGACGCAAAACCAGCCAAUGAUGACAUAUUCUCAAGCUUCUUCUCAGCACCUCAGGAGAAACCAGCGGAGACAAAACCAGAAGACCUAAAACCUGAUCUGAAGACUGAAGAGGAGAACUUCUUCAAGCAGGCUGCACCAACGGAGAAGGAGAAGUCAAAGUUAACAAAGGACAGUAUAUUAGCCUUAUACAGUCAGACACCGUCAACUAAUUUAGUGAACCAAUUCAACCCGGUGCCACCAGUACAACCGGUGCAACCUGCCUACCCAGCGUUCGGCAACGUGUAUCAAGCCGGUUACAGCAACAUGCCUGUACAAAACGGUAUGCCUGCACAAUUCAACCAAUUUCCAAUGAACAGUCAGUUUCAGCAACCAUUCCCCGGACAGGUACAGCAACCGUUGCAGAAUCAGCCGUUUCAAAGUAAUCAGUCGUUUCAAAGUAAUCAGUUUUUCAACCAGCCUCAGCAAGGUUUGUCGCAACAGUUUAACAGUUUGAACUUAGGGCAAAGUUUUCCGAACGCGUUCGCGUCGAACAACACGAACGUUGCUAGCAACACCACUUGGCAGUAG